CGGGGCUCACUCGGCUGCAGCCGGCGCCGCUGCCACUCCCGGGAGCAUGAAGGACCGAACCCAGGAGCUCCGCACGGCCAAGGACAGCGAUGACGACGACGAUGUCACCGUCACUGUGGAUCGAGACCGUUUCAUGGAUGAGUUCUUCGAGCAGGUGGAGGAGAUCCGGGGCUUCAUCGACACCAUCUCGGAGAACGUGGAGGAGGUGAAGCGGAAGCACAGCGCCAUCCUGGCCUCCCCCAACCCUGACGAGAAGACGAAGGAGGAGCUGGAGGAACUCAUGUCUGACAUAAAGAAGACUGCAAACAAAGUUCGCUCCAAGUUAAAGAGCAUCGAGCAGAGCAUCGAGCAGGAGGAGGGUCUUAACCGCUCAUCCGCGGACCUGCGGAUCCGGAAGACGCAGCACUCCACCCUGUCGCGGAAGUUUGUGGAGGUCAUGUCCGAGUACAACGCCACGCAGUCCGACUACCGCGAGCGCUGCAAGGGCCGCAUCCAGAGGCAGCUGGAGAUCACCGGCAGGACCACGACCAGCGAGGAGCUGGAGGACAUGCUGGAGAGUGGGAACCCGGCCAUUUUUGCUUCCGGGAUCAUCAUGGACUCCAGCAUCUCGAAGCAGGCUCUGAGCGAGAUCGAGACGCGGCACAGUGAGAUCAUCAAGCUGGAGAACAGCAUCCGGGAGCUGCACGACAUGUUCAUGGACAUGGCCAUGCUGGUGGAGAGCCAGGGGGAGAUGAUUGACAGGAUCGAGUACAACGUGGAACACGCGGUGGACUACGUGGAGAGGGCCGUGUCGGACACCAAGAAAGCCGUCAAGUACCAGAGCAAGGCUCGCCGGAAGAAGAUCAUGAUCAUCAUCUGCUGCGUGGUCCUGGGCAUCGUCAUCGCCUCCACCUUCGGGGGCAUCUUUGGUUAGACGCCACCUGCCUGCCAUCCCUCUGGACAGUCCAGCCUGAGUGGCCCCUGGCUGCUGCCACCUCCCUGCCCACCCACCCUGCCCCUGCCCCUGCCCCUGGGCCCUCGCCCCCGCCUGCCUGAGCCGUCGUGUGCAUGAUCGUUGUGACCGUGUGUGUCUGUACAGAAGAGGCGGGGGCAGCAAGGGACAGCUGCAGGGCCUGCCCAUGCCCCCUCCUCCUUCCAGGCAGGGCGGCCCAGGGUUCAUGAGCCCCCUCCCUGCCCUUCGUCCUCUUCCUGGCCUGCCCCAUCUGCCUGUCCUCUCCAGCUGUCCCCUGGGGACCAGCUGGCCACAUGGUGCUGCUUUUCAGGUUGGGGGGUGGCCCUGAGACAGCUCAGCCUCUACCAGCCCAGCACUGCCAGGGAGGCUCCGUGUCGUGGCCAGGUGGCUGCUGACUCCUUUCCCUGACGGGCAGAGCCCACCCGGGCAGCCUCCACCUCCCUUCCCACAUUCCCACGGCCCCUGGGAGCAAGCCCUUGGGCCUAGGCCUGGUCCCAGGUACCCUGGAGGGGACUGGAGGCCCCCAGCGGCCACUCCGUGAGGCUGGGGGGGAGCAGCUCUCCCAGUAGGCCCAUUGGGUCCUCAAGCCAUUGUGUUGCAUGUUUGGGACGGGUUGGUCCCUGCUCUCGUGCUCUCGGGGAAGUCACUGUAGCCUGCGAUCCUGUCCUACCCUUGCUGUCCCCCAUCAAUGUGCCACGUGGGUGUCAGGUGUCUCAGAUACAGUAUUCGGCAGCCAGCCAGGGAGGGGACCCCACUCUCCAGCAUCUUGGGGCGUCCCCCAGAAGUGUGCCCCCUCCUGCCUCGGCAGGGAGCGUGCAUGCGGGUGCAUGCAGCAGGGGGUCGCGGGGCCCCACUUUCCCUCCGCUUUGCUCCUGCAGUGACUGUGACCUCUGUCCGUGUUGCCUUCUUGAAAGCGACCCCGCCCCCCAAACCCCCCUCACCAAAGGUCUCGGGACAACCAGCUGCCCAUUUUGUGACAUUUUUAUGUAGAAUAAACAUUUGUAUCUGUA